AUGUUUUCGCAUUUAUUUCACUGUAAUUUUUGUCCAUUUAGUCUUUCUGAUAGUGAAGGUUGUUUUCGUUUGGAAAAAUCUGGUCAAUUAAGUAAACAUGCCAAUGAAUAUCCAUAUUUCAUUCAAGUUGUAAAUGAUGAGCAUUUAGAUAAAAAUGGUGCUAUUCCUCGUUUAGUAAAAUUCUUUGUUCGCCGCAUUAAUGAUUAUCUUGCACAAGUUGAUGGCUGUAUACAACAAAAACAAUUCAAUCUUCAACAUCACUAUUAUCGAAAUGGUCAUCGUCUUUAUGGUAGGUAUGAUUGUCGCCAACGUGCUCAUACAUUGGGACAGGGGCAACAAGGAAAUAAUUAUUAUGAUUAUUAUGCUCAUAGUCCAUCUCAACAAGCGCAACAAUAUGGGUAUUAUUCGAAUUCACAAUUUCAUCACGUCAAUCAACACCAACGAAAUCAUCGCUUGAAUCAACAGCAGCAAAAUCAUCAUUUUGAUCAAUACCAUCAAGCUGAUUAUUUUAAUUCACGACAAAUUCGUUAUUAA